GGCGGCAAAGACUAUGUAUAAAUCAAAUGAUAACCCGACACCACAUGCAGUUCCAUUCAAGCGUUUGGGCGCAAAGUUUGAGCCGAAAAAAUGAAAUUAAUUUUGUUGUCAAUCUUUUGCGUCGCCUCGGUUUUGGCAGCCGAAAUCGGUUACCAGACCCCAGUGCGGAUGCUGGAUCUCUUGGCGAAACAGAAAAGCUCCCGGAUUGUCAAUGGCCAACGGGCUGUCUUAGGCCAAUUUCCCCACCAGGCAUUCAUGAUUGUCACUGGAUCCACACAAAGUUGGGCAUGUGGAGGAUCGAUCAUUUCGGACGAGUGGAUUCUGACGGCUGCCCACUGUGUCCAGUCGGCCAUUUCCUUCAGCAUUCAAUUGGGAACUGUCGAAUUGCAAUCGGCUGGUACCGUACAUUUGACAACCAACUCGUACGUCAAACAUCCCAGCUACAAUCCGAGCAACUACAACAACGACGUCGCUGUGAUUAAACUGAACAGUAAAAUCACUUUCAACUCCAAUAUCCAGCCAAUCACUUUGCCAGUGGCUGGCACGACCAACACUUUCGAGAAUAACGUGGCCACUGUUUCCGGUUUUGGACGAACCAAAGAUACGGAUACGACGUUUUCGAACUACCUUUACUACGUGAAUCUAACCGUGAUGAGUAACUCGGCCUGUGAGGCACUUUUCGGAUCCUCAGCCAUCAUCAGUUCGACCCUUUGCACUGCAGCUGGCAGCAAUCCGGUGACCGGCACUUGUGGCGGAGAUUCCGGCGGCCCACUGAUCUAUGGAGGGGUCCAGAUCGGUAUCGUAUCCUUCGGAGCAUCCGCUGGCUGCGAGAAGGGCUAUCCAAACGGCUAUGCUCGGGUUACGGCGUUCCGGGAUUGGAUCAAAACCACUACUGGUGUUUAAAUAAGAAGGUUGAAACAUCAUGACGCUACUAAAACAAACAGAUAAAUUCCUAUAAAAAAAAAUCAAAUAUAUAAAAUGCUUUCGGACUGCUUUAUCAAAGAAAAUCUGCAGAUAAUCGGACGAAGGAUGACAUUCAAUGCGAGUGACAGUUAACUGAAAAAAUAUAUUGUUUGGUUAAUAUUUACAAAUUAACUGAUACAUAUCAAUCUCUCUCGUCUGCUCCUCUACAGCAUUUACAUGAGUUAAGAGUUUGUUCAGUGAUAAAUAAACAUAAAGUACAAUA